AUGUACAUGUGUAGCAAUACCGGCCUGUCUGGUUGGGCAGAGCUUAGAAAUCGCACUCGUCUUAAUUCAUAUGGAUACUGCCCGAGCGUGGCCGGUCAGAGGUUGCACGUCACCUCUAGGGUCCAGUUGUCGACUGGCCGACUCGCUUUUUCCUCCGCUCACGUCCCCGCCUCUUCCCCUCGAUUUGUCAAUUCCUCCAAACACGUCCAACAGCACAAUACUUGUUUGAAGUCCUCUAAUAAAAACUACACUGCGGGAACUUAG